CUACAAUCAGCCGCAUGCCCCACACCGCCUGCCGAUCUAAGCUUAUUUUCCUUAUCGCCAUUUCUUAUCGAGAAAUUUUGAGUUCAAAGAUGGCGAGGUGAAAAGUACAAAAUUCACGAAUUGGGCUUGCUACUUAUCAUAUCGUAAUAUUACGAGUAUGAGGAAAGCUUGGAGGCCUCGGGGCUUAAGCCGGCCCAAUAGUGCGAUCCGAAGACCCUUAACCUCAUUAGGUCUUCAUCGAAGUAACUUUGCCACUGUCGCUCAGGACGCGAGACCAUUUGAUGUUGUAGUAGUCGGCGGGGGUCAUGCUGGAACAGAGGCAUGCGCAGCUGCUGCUCGAAGCGGCGCGCGAACGGCUCUGGUUACACCAAAGCUUGACAACCUCGGCGUCUGCUCGUGUAAUCCCAGCUUUGGCGGGAUCGGAAAGGGAACGAUAAUACGAGAGGUCGACGCGCUAGAUGGAGUUUCUGGACGUAUCAUCGAUAAAGCUGGCGUCCAGUUCAAAGUCCUAAACCGGAAGAAAGGCCCGGCCGUGUGGGGACCGCGAGCUCAGAUCGACCGGGCGCUGUAUAAAAAACACAUGCGUGAAGAACUCCAAUCAUAUCCGAAUCUAUCUAUCAUAACAGGAAGUGUAUCAGAUAUUGUUCUAGGCGAGAGCGCAGAUCCUACUAGCGGUUCGCCCAAGAGCAAAAUUACCGGCGUGCGCCUCGAGUCCGGCGAGGUAUUACCCACCAAUGCCGUUGUUAUUACCACCGGAACUUUCCUAGGUGGCGAAAUACAUAUCGGGCUAGAUGUCUACCCAUCGGGACGGAUGGGCGAAAAGGCCACAUUCGGUCUCAGCAAAUCUCUAAGAGAUGCUGGCUUUAAACUUGGUAGAUUAAAGACGGGUACACCUCCUCGUUUACAUAAAGGGAGUAUCAACUUCGAUAUUUUAGAAGAACAGCGAGGAGACGAUCCACCGGAACCGUUCAGCUACCUUGACGAUAGGGUGUCGGUGCAGGACCAGCUUCUCUGCUGGGCCACUUAUACAAAUGACAAAUCCCAUGACAUCGCACGCGCUAACUUAGACAAGACGGUUCACAUCCGUGAGACGGUGAGGGGUCCACGGUAUUGUCCGUCGCUGGAGUCUAAGGUUAUCAAAUUCGGUCAUAAAGAGAGGCAUAUUGUCUGGCUAGAGCCGGAGGGCUUCAACAAUGAUACUAUCUACCCAAAUGGUCUGUCCAUGACGAUCCCCGCCGAGGCACAGGAACAACUACUACGCACGAUCCGCGGACUUGAAAACGUUCAGAUGACUCAGGCUGGCUACGGUGUUGAAUACGACUACGUGGAUCCGCGCGGUCUCAGGUCGACCCUCGAAACCAAAGCUAUCUCCGGUCUCUUCCUCGCAGGCCAAAUCAACGGCACUACGGGCUACGAGGAGGCUGCCGGCCAGGGCGUUAUCGCGGGUAUUAAUGCGGGGCGCACAGCUCAGGGGUUGGAACCGGUCUCAAUCACGCGCGCUGACGGAUACAUCGGCAUCAUGAUUGAUGAUCUAAUCACUAAGGGCGUAUCAGAGCCAUACCGCAUGUUCACAAGCCGUAGCGAGUACCGCAUGAGCACGCGCGCCGACAAUGCAGAUCUUCGACUCACAGCCAAGGGCCGCGAGUGGGGCGUCGUAACGGAUACCCGAUGGUCGCGGCACACGGACGAGAAAGCGCAGAUAGAUGACCUGACCCGCGCUCUAGAACAAUACGCACUCACCGCACCAGCAUGGAACGCAGCCGGCUUCGCCAACCGCAACGAUAGCAGGAAGCGCAAUGCGCUAGACAUCCUAUGCCUCCCAGGCGUUUCGAUUGGGGAUCUUACAGCACAAGUUCCGGAGAUUCUACGACAUAGCGAGCGAGUCCGUACGCGCGUGGAGAUCGAGGCGCGCUACGCCCCGUACGUUCAUAUACAAGCGGCUGAACGUGCGGCGUUCUUGCGCGACGAAGGCCUUCGGUUGCCGGCGGAUUUAGACUACGACUCUGUGGCGGGGUUAAGCACGCAUGAGAGAGCGGCGUUGAACGAAGCAAAGCCCGAGAGCGUCGGUCAGGCUAGGCGGAUUGAGGGUAUGACACCUGCAGGCUGUGUGCGAUUGCUUGCUUUUGCGCAGAAGAGGAAGGAGUUUGCGUAUGCGAGUAGCGGUAUGGUUGCGGAUGAGGGUGUGGUGGAGGCGGCGGUGGCUGAUAUGGCGCCACUGGGGGGCGAAGUUGAUACUCUGGAUGCGGAGGCGCGCAGGAGGGAACUAUAAACCCCUGGAUGAUGCGGGUAAGAGGGGGAAGGGUUAAGAUAUGUAUAUGUAUAUGUGGGCUGUACUUAUACUAAGCGACACAUAAUUAGGGCGUUGGGGUUAGAAUCAUUAGCAUUGUACAUAUCACUUGAUUUAUCUAGGAGUCUACUUGUUUUCAAGUAGAGCCUUGGUGAGCACUUAAGCCCCUAUCUACCUACCUAGGCAUCAUCUGAACCCAUGGAGUAUA